UAUGAUGUAAGAUGUAAGGCAAAAACCGGUAGAGCCAAAAAUUCUCUCAACGUUUAAAUUACGUUUAAGUUUUGGAAGUGAUACUUAUGCAUAAAAUAUACAAACUGAUAUAUCAUAUCAGGAUCAUUUUGUAUAUAUAUAUGUAUAUAUAUAAAUCUUUAUAUGCGCAUGUGACGGCCUUGUAACGCGCGUGUACGUGCAUACCGUACUUUUUGUCGACGAUUCUCUUUGUUAGGUGUUGUUAGGCCAUUCUAUAACCGGGCUGUAUAAUUUGACAGAUGUGUAUGGAUACAUGCGUAUGCUGAAUCGAGAAUGCUUCGAACACUCGCGGUGAAAGUAUCCUGGUGAUUUCACUUCCUCUUCGCGUACUUCAUCGUUAAACCAGGAAGCCUAAUGUCAAUUUAACUAAUUGAUUUUUAGCUUAUAAAUAAUUCGAAACGUUAAAACGCUUUUUCUUCAGGUUGAUAACAUUUGUUCUUUGAAGACUAUCGAUAAUGUCAGAUCUUGUGGGAAACAACAGUCACAGUUCUAGUAGCACAAACACUGGCAAAGUGCCAGUUACACUACCAAAGUCUCAACCAGUACGCCUCUUGUAUUUGUGUGAGAGCGACGAAGAUGAUGAUGACGACGAAAGCGAGGAGAAACCCCGCGAGUCGGAAGACGAGUCAGAUUUGGAUGAAGCGCCAAAUGAUUCUGCUGAAGAUGUACUGUGGGAAUCGCGUGUACAUGAAACAGCAGACGUUAAUCCCUCGAUUGGUUCAACAGACGGGCUCUCGAGAACUACGUGCGUAUUGCCAAGGGAUAGUUGUGCAAAUGUGAUUGACACUUUUUCCAUACAAAAAAUAAACUGUGCGAGCAAUAAGGAAGAAUGCAAAGACGAUGUAAAGUUCAAAGGUUGUCUGCUAGCUGACGAUUCGAAUAAACUAAGAAUUUGUGGCUUCAAACAGGAGGAUAAUUCACAGGACUAUCAUAGCUGCACAUUUGCCUCCUCGAGGAGCCAAACUGGUGUUGUUCAUAACUACUCGAUGGAAGUGGCCUUACCUCUGUCAUCAUUGAUACCUGGCAAAGGAGAUUACAUUGCAAAGUCUGAUAUGAAUAAGAACCUGCAACCUACAAUAAACAGUGCUCGAUCGAAUCUCGAGAAUAUUUACAUAUCCGAUAUGUUAAAUAAGAGAAAGGAGGAACAAUCAUAUAGCACAUUGGUUGAUAAUAAAAUACUGCAUUGGAAUAGCGAUGCAGAGCAAAUAUUGAAUUUAAACAAGGAGGACCAGCGGUAUAAAGGAGUGCUAUAUGGUUUUAACGACCAGGCGAAUAAGGAUUGUAACGAGGAGCCUCACAAGAUGCCAACCGCCAUAUCGGAAUCCGCUAGCUGUAUAUCUCAAAACUUGUCCGGGAAUUUGAUACAUCCUGUAACAUACAACAAUUCACAAUACAGCACUUCUAAGUACGAAGCGAACGAAAAGUGUACACCAGCGAAAAACCCGUGCACACACAUGGAACUAAGUACACCCUCACUGAACGAAAUUCAGCGAACAUCGUUACCUACUCCGAUUAAUCGUUUAGUUUUGGAAACUCCGUUGAAACAUCUGCCAGUCGGUUCGGUGCAUCCGAAUUCAUGCGCAUCGCAUAAACAACUGUUUCGGUCCCCGCAGAGUAAAUUGUCUGAUAAUUUAAGCAAAAGUCACAUUCAGACUCCUUCUACUAUAUUGUCCAGUUGGUGUUACAAUAACGCACUAUUGGAGGAAAAGAACUUCAUUGCAAAGGACCACGUGCAAAUAUCUAAAAAUACAAUUUGUACGCCUAUUGUAGAGAAGCCGGACUCCGCGAGAUUGAAUGCAAAGAACGUGAGACGGCCUUUAGCGGACGCUAUGUCAGCAUAUGGCGAUUCUUCAAUAGUUCAUCCUUUGGAAUCAAAGCCGUCCGCUACGUUGCACGCAUGUGCCGAAACAAAGACCGUCGCAUCCGAAUUACAACAGGAAGAUCGGAACAAGAAACUGGAUGCAAAAUUGCUGAUGCAGACAGAAAUGAAUUAUCAUAAUGAUCCCAAAUUUGCGAAACCUACCGAAGAAACGAAGAACAACAAACAGUUCGCCAAUAUGCCCGACACAUUGCUAGCAAGUAGCACAAAAACUGUGUCGAGUAAAAACGAAAUUAAACGAAAUGUGAUAAUUGGGUCUGAUACGGGCCUAAAACAUUCCUUGGAUUCCUUGCAAAUCCUGAACAAGCAUAGCGAGGAAGAUUACGGGAUCGUUUCGGAAUGCAAAAACUCGCACGAGCGUUAUUCGGUUCACGAGAAGAAACGCGAAGAGGCGCAGCAGAUCGUAGAUAGAGUGGCGAACAUGCAGUUUACCAUACCGUCGAGCAUACCUCCGCAACGACAAGGCAAAACGUUACACGUGAAGGACAAAGAGUAUCUUAUCCUGGGCUCUCUUGGUCAUGGAAUGAGCGGCGAGGUUCUGCGAGUGCAGGAUAUAUCUUUCGGCGAAUUACGCGCAAUCAAAUGCGUUGACUUGAGCAAGAUGGACAAAGAGUCGGCCCAGGGCUGCUUGGACGAGAUCUCCAUGCUGCGUAAGUUACAGGCGCCCUGCGUCGUCAGAAUGUUUGACUAUGAAAUCAGAGGGUCUAUGGUUUUUGUGGUGAUGGAAAUGGGUGACACCGAUCUCAGCAGACUUCUCAAGUCCAUGUCUCAGGAGAAGCAAAUUUCUCUCACAAUGAUUCUGUAUUACUGGAACGAGAUGCUCACCGCUGUAAGACACAUACACGAUAAUGGAGUCAUACACUCGGAUUUAAAACCGGGAAAUUUUUUACUAGUACGCGGCCGUCUCAAGUUGAUAGAUUUUGGCAUCGCUUCCAGUGUAAAUUCUGACAUGACAUCUGUUCUGAAAAGUAAUACAAUUGGAACAUUGAAUUACAUCAGUCCAGAAGCCCUGAUGGACAUCGGUAGCAAGACGGAUUCGCCUACACACAAUGUCAAAUACAAGAUAAGUUUCAAGUCGGAUGUAUGGUCACUGGGGUGCAUACUGUACAGUCUAGUGUAUGGUCACACACCGUUCCAACACAUACGUUCCCAAUGGGCAAAGGUGAACGCCAUAACUAAUCCGAAACCGAACAUUUUGUUCCCGGCCACAACGUUCUCUUUUCCGGCGAGCGGCAAGGAUCUUCAGGAUCACGAGCGCACGCCGCCCGUUCUGAUCGAUGUGAUGCGGAAGUGCCUUCAGCAUGAUCCGAAAGCGAGACCCACGGUGUCGCAAUUGUUGCAGGUGCAGUAUGUACCCACCACACAAAAUGUCACGUCAAUCACAACAUCCGCCGAUAUUCCGGCGAACAUUCUCGUGAAAAUAAAGCAAGCCCUGAAUGAGGAAGAGUGGCGACAAUUGGUUCAGAUAUUGGACACAAAGCGACAUUAUACAUGAUAUUAUCGAAGUAAUAACUUAUAGAUUUACUGAUGUACAUAAAAGUAUUUGUAUAUACAUACAAAAGACAAUUUGCAGCAAGGCACAAAUGUAUAGAAACAUUUGGUGACAUGUGUAUCAAGAACAAGGCUAAUGACAAAAAUAAUAUACAUACAUACAUACAUAUAUAUAUAUGUAUGUAUGUAUGUAUGUA